AUGAAGCUCAAGGACGCGCUGUUGCGGGCCAGAGACAGGCAGCAGCUGGCCAGGGCGCUGGCAUCUCUGCUGGAAAACAAUGAGAAGCUGGAGCUGGACGCCGAGGGACUGAACGGCCUGGUCAAGCAGCUGCUGCAGGCCGGCAGCCAAGCAGAAGACCUGGAGGGGCUGGAGCUGGCAGGCCAGCUUCUGAAGGCAACGGUUGAUGGAGCCGACCUGGACGACGCGCACCAGCGCUUCCUGCUGGAGUCCAAGUACCCGCAGGCGCUGGCCAGCCUGCUGGAGCGCUGCGGCGCGGCGCUGCGCAGGCACAAGCCGGCGCCCCAGGGCCUGGAGGAUACGGCCAUUGCGGUGCUCAACGUGCUGUCAGACCUGGCCAGCCUGAUCGGCAGGCCGCAAGCCGGCAGCGACAAGCCGCCCCGCGGGCGUGACCUGCACGCCGGGCUCGCCAUCCCGUGCAUCGUCGACUUCCUGGUGGCUCCCGGCGAAGUGGUGUGGGGGCCCCUGCGCUGCGCCGCCACCUCUUGCCUGCUGGAGUUCGUGGUCAACAGCCCCGCCAACUGCAAACUGCUGAUGGGAGAGGAGGAGAGCUCCUGCGCGCUGUUCGGGCAGGUGCUGCCCGGCUGCGGCGACGUGGCCCUGCCAGAUCGACCUGCUGAGGGCAUGUACCGGUGCGCGCGGGCGCGGGCGCUGCGCGACGCGCACCGCUCCCUCUUCAAGGCCGACUUCCUGGCGGCGCUGGACGCGCUGGCGGCGCGCCCCACCAAGGGCGGCGCCCUGGACCUGGGCAGCGAGCUGCGCAGGCUGCUGGUGGCGUACAACCGACAGCUGGCGCCGCAGCAGGCCACCAUGUACUGCACCCAGGCCAAGAGCGUGUCGGUGUGCGGCAUCGACGGCAUGGCGUCGGCGGGCAUGUGGGUGGACUUUGGGCUGACCUCGCUGUCGGUGGGGCUGCUCAUCCCAGAGGCAGACUCGGAGGGCGGCGAGGGGGAGGAGGGUGGUGGCGGCGGCGCAGGCGGAGCAGGCAGCCAGCUGGAGCUGGAUGUGGUGCAGUUCCCGUACAGCGACGUGUCCAAGGCGCAGACCGCCAGCGGCGCCACCUCCGGCUACGACAAGCUCACCGUGUCGCUGCGCGCCAUGCCCAAGCAGCUGCAGAACAUGUCGCAGAGCUUCAAGGGCAAGGGCACCCUUGUGAUGCAGUUCAAGCGCGGCGACCUGGCCGCGCUGCCUGCCUACGCGCCGCGUGUGGCGGCCGCCAUGAGGGCCGCGGGCGUGGCCUUCUCCCCAGAUGGCGCGCCGGCUGGCCUGGCUGGCCCUGCCGAGAUGAGCCAGCGCCAGCGCAAGUGCUCGACGGGAUACCAUGUGUACAGCGACAGGCCCGAGGCGGCGGCGGGCAGGUCUUCCGGCAGGGCGCCCCUGCAGCUCACGCGCUCAGGCCACUCCCUCGGCCAGGCCGCCAACCUAGCGGCAGAGCACCAGGAGCCGCGCCAGCAGCCUUCUUCUGGGCGCCCCAGGUCCAACCUCAAGCGCGGCGACUGCCCUGCGCCCCUGCCGUUCAAGCGCCAGCCCCGCCCGGCAGCGCCAGCCGUGCCAGCAGCGGAGGAGGCGGAGCCUGCCCCUGCUGCAGCUGAGCAGGAGCAGCAGGCAGGGCAGGCGCCAGAGGAGCCCAGGGAGGAGCUGCCGCCGCCGCAGGAGCAGCAGCAGCAGGGGGAGGAGGAGGGCGUGGAGCCGCAGGGGCAGCAGGGCCAGCAGCCGGAGCAGCAGGAGGCCCCAGCCCUUCACCGCCGGGGCUCUGGCGAGGCCCCUGCACCUGACGCGCCGCUGGCGCGAGCCGAGCCACCAGCCUCCUGGCUGCGCCAGCAGCAGGGUCCCGACUCGGGCCGCCCAGCCGGCGCCCCCGCCCCCGUCUCUCACGAGACCGCCACCGCCACGGCGGCCACAGCCGCGGCUGCGGGCGCCAGCCAGCGCCGGGGCCGCGCAGCUUCCCAGCGCCCUGCGGCCCCGUCGGCUGCCCCCCUGGCUGCCGAGCCCGCCGCCUGUGCUGCGGCUGCGGGGGCGCUGGCGGCGGAGCCUGGUGAGGUCAACUCCCCGCCGCCAAGGGCCCCUGGUGCAGGCGCAGGCGCAGGUGCGGCCGCGCAGCAGCCAGCUGCUCCCCGCCAGCACGAGGCGGCUGUCCCCGGGCCCGCCCCCAAUGCACAGGGGCCUGGCCUUGCGGCCAAGGCGGCGGCCAAGGCGGCUGAGGUGGCAGAGCCCUCUGGUCUGGAUGCUUUUGAGGUCGGCAUCGGCUCUGAAAGCGAGCGGGAGGAGGAGCAGGGCGCGGAGGACGAGCGCCAGCCGACAGCGGAGCCGGCCGGUGGCCGCGCGGGCGGCACCAAGAAGCAGAAGCAGAAGCAGCAGGCGCAGCGCGCCGGCAACGCAAAGGAGCGCCGGGAGGCGGCUGCUGACAAGAAGCAGAAGAGCCGCGGAGGUGGCAAGGGCAGCAGCGGCAACGCCGCUGCUGCUGCCGCACCUGGCUGCGCCAAGGGAGGCAAGGCGGCGGGUGAGGGUGGCAGGGCUGCAGACCCGCAGGGGACAGAGGAUCGCAUUGAGGAGACGGGGCCCUCUGGGGGCGGGGGCCGCAAGCCCUCUGCCGUCUCCCCCACACCCAGCUGGCUGCAGGGCGCCGCCGACCAGGCCCAUGCGGCCCCGGAGAGCGACAGCGAGUCUGAGCUGCGCCACGACCACGCCUCCAAGCAGCCGCUGCACCGCGCUGCCGCCGCUGCCAAGGCCAGGGGCAAGGCAGCCCAGGAUGAGGAGACUGAAUCUAUGGAUGAGGAUGAGGAGGAUGAGGAGGAGCAGCCGCCGGCCAAGAAGCAGCCGCCGGCCAAGAAGCAGCAGGCAGCCAAGACGGCCGCUGGUGCCAGCAAGCCGGCACCAGGCGGCAGCGGCAGCAAGCCGCCCGCCGCCAAGGCUGCUGGGGGAGGUGGAGUCAGGCCGCGCAGGGCAGCAGCGGCCACUGCCGCAGCCAAGCUGGCGGGCAAGGCAGGGACCGAGAAGCAGCCGCCGCAGCAGCGGGGGCGCCCGCAGGCGGCUGCCCUCUCAGAGGACAGGGGGGCGGCAGCGGCCAAGAAGGACCCGCACCCGGUGGCGGCGGCGGCGGGCAAGCGGCAGGCCAAGUCGCCGUUCAAGUCACGCCGCCUGCUGGGCGCUGGCGGCAAGGUGGCGGGCAAGAAGCGGGGCCGUGAGGCGGCGGCGGGCCAGGGCCGGGAGGAGGUGAGCGAGGAGCAGGCGGCGGGUGCAGCUGCCGCCGCAGAGGCGGUGGCGGUGGAGGGCGGCAUGCUGGAUGCGGAGCCUCAGGGCGGUGAGGGGGAGGAUCAUGAUGAUGAGGAGCUGCCUCUGGCUCAGCAGUAUCCAGAGCACAGCACCAGCUCGGAGGACGUGGAAAUGCAGGAGGAGGAGGAGGGAGAGGAGGAGGCUGCAUCAGAAUCUGAGGAGGAGGGUGCCGCCCCGCCAGGUGGCUACCAGUCUGCGGGGACGCGCCACCUGAAGGGAUGGACCCACUUCCGAGCCGCCGAGGCGGAGGUGCCAGACAUGCUGGUGGAGGAAGAGGAGCUGCGCGGCAUCACCAAGCGGUUCAAGUUCACGGCAGUGAAGGAGCCCGCCGCUGCUGCGGGCGGUGACGGCGGCGCCGGCACCUCCACCGGCCGCCGCAAGGCUGAGCUGAAGGCUGCCGCUGCUGGGGUGGUCAAGAAGAGGGCGCCCGAGCCUCUGCUGGGCCUGUCUGGCGCCAAGCCGGCAGCCAAGACUGCGCGCCUGACCACCACCCUUAGCCAGGAUGGGCUGGCGCUGCCCGGGAUCGGCGCCAGGGGCACCACAGCCAAGGCCAAGCAGCAGCAGCAGCAGAAGCAGCAGCACAAGCCAGCGGCGGCGGCGGCUGCAGGCGGCAAGCGCCCUGUCGAGUCGCUGGGCCAGCUGUCGGCGAAGAAGCGCCACAAGGGUGGCGGCGGCGGCGCCGCACCUGCUGCCGUGGCCUCCAAGCCAGCGGCGGGCGCCACCGGCACAGUCGGGCGCUCCACCCGCAAGGCACCGGCCGCUGCGGAGGGCUCAGCGCCCGAAGACAGCCAGGCUCCCAGCAUCCACCACCUGCUCACCACGGCGCAGCGCCGCCACGCCGCCGCCUCCCAGCACCACGAGGACGACAGCGAGGAUGGGGAGGGCGAGGACAUGGCGGCGCUGCAGGCCUUCAUGGUUGAGGUGUUGCGCAAGCGCAAGGCAGCCGCCCACCGCAAGCAGGCAAGCCCAGGGGCCCGGGCUGCCAUGGUGGAUGAGCUGGAGGCGGAGGUGGCCGCCAUGCUGGCGGCUCAGGAGAAGGAGAUGCAGCAGGCGCAGCAGCGUUUGGAUACGGAGGAGGGCCAGAAGCAUGUGGCGCUGGAGAAAGAGCUGGAGGGCAAGAUGCGCGAGAUUUAUGCCGACACUCUGGCCUUCCAGCAGCGCCUCAACGAGCAUUGGGAGGGGUACAGGGCGCUGUACGACCAGGUGUCGGCGGUGGCCACGGAGGCGGAGGCGGCGGCGGGCAAGCAGCGCGCCGCGGCCUCCGCCUCGCUGGAGUCGAUGCGUGCGGCGCUGGCGGCGCGCGCGGCCGAGGUGGCGCGCAGGAUUGAGCGGGGCAGCAAGAAGGCGUCCAAGAUGCCGGAGCUGGCCCAGAUGCUCAUGCCCUUCCUGGACUGA